AAAAUACCAUUCAAAUACGUUGAUCAUGUGAUUGCUGACUCAAUAGUCACUCCUUAAAUAUCAAGUCAUCUAUCAUUCCCUCUGUUAAAGAAAAUAAAUAAAUAACAAGGAGAUGAUGGUUUGAUUGGCACUUGCAUGGCUGUGUGACACCUUAUGUAACAGUUCUGCUGGUGAGCUUCCUGCUGGUGUAUUGGGGUUUGGUGUCACCCUGUAUACCCUUAGGAAUUGCUGCACAAAAUGCUCUGCCUGUCCAUUUGGUCUGGGAUGUAGUUUAAAUGGAAUCACACUGGACAGUUUGGAAUACGGACUUUCACUCUGAUAACUUUGUCAACGAACUCAAUCCUGGAGAUCCCAUUUAUUCCAUCGAUGACCCUAUUGCUACCAAUUGUUCAUUUGGACGAAAGAAACGCCGUGAAGAGAUGACCAUUCCCAAACUACCCAAAUGCUUCAUUAAACCACCGAAGAAUAAUUCAACUAUAGGCCGAGGUCUGUCAAAGUCUUCAACAACAGUACCCUCAGUAGCGAAACCAGGGCAACUUUCAUUCCAGCAAUCACACAAAGUAUCAGAUGAAGUUUUGCAUGAACAACAAACAAAAUGUCAUCAACCACUACGUUGCACCAAAUCAGAGAAUCUUCAAAAUCUUACAAGACAUCAGAAGAAAGACUCAAUAAUUUUUGAUCAGAAUUCAUUCAACACCUUAAAUAUUACCUGUAUUAAUGAAGUUGAAGAAAAUGAUAAUUCAAAGGAGAUAGACAUUUGUAAUGAUAAUGACUUUCCAGAAUUAAUUAGUAGUAAUGGUUCUGAAAAUAACAUCACUAAAAGGACAAGGAAACCUCGAUGCAGUAAAAAAUAAUAAAAAAAAGGAUUUUAAAAUUGUUAUUUUUAA